GAUUUAAUGACGACAUCCGGUAGAGAUUAAAAAAUCUCGGAAAUUAUUUGGAGGUUUUGUUCUAUUUUCUCUUUAGUUACAAAACUGAUUGAUUUCAAAUAAACGACAAUAGAUGCUUUACGUAGUUGUGCAGUGAAAAUAGUAUGAUUGAUUUGCUCAGGAACUUGAAUUUGUAUGCAUUGAAUUGAUAUAUGAAAAGAUUCAAUAUUUUCCAAAACCAUCGUUUGUUGCACACGAACUGAUCUGCAGUUCUAUUUUUAUCCCUUAGCAGAGAGGCUAGACUCAACUGCUAGUUGGAACAUUAUUUCAGCUCUUCAUCCACAGCUAAUAAUACAAAGUCACUCAACGCUUACAGCACAGUUCAACCUCAGCUCUUCUGUUAGUCUUGCUGCAGAAAAUAUUUGAGAAAUAGAAGCCAGUAGCAAAUAUAUAACAAAACAGUGAACGAGGAGCAUUAUAGUUACAGUUUACAUCAACAUUGGAGCAUUAAUCUUAAUAUCGAUUUAAAGCAAUGUCAUUGAAAGAAACCUCCCCAGAGCAACAGCUGCACCUGGCAGCCUUGCAGGGAAACUUAGAACAACUUAAGAAAGUUUUAGAAUCCGGCAAAGUUCAUGUGGACUGUAAAGACAAGGAAGGGACCACUCCCCUGAUCCUGGCCUCUGCUAACAAUCACCUGGACUGUGUGAAAGAACUACUUAAGCAAGGAGCUGACCCAUCAGCCAGAAGACUGACUGGAACAUGCGCUUUGUUCUUUGCUGCCCAGGGAGGUUUCCUCGACCUUGUAAAGGAACUCUUGGACAAAGGAGCCCCUGUAGACCUCCCAAGUUAUGAUGGUGGAACACCUUUAUUUGUUGCAUGCCAGUGCAAUCACAUAGAAGUUGUAGAAGAGCUAAUAAACCACGGGGCAGACAUACAUGUACAGAUGGUAGAUGGCGCCUCACCCAUAUUCAUAGCAGCACAAAAUGGGCACAUGAAAAUGCUCAAAUUUUUACUCUCAAAUGGCGCCCAACCAAACAUGACUAGAAAGGAUGGUGCUAGUCCCUUGUGGAUUUCGAGUCAGAUGGGACAUGUAGAUAUUGUAAAAGAACUUCUCAAAGCUGGUGCUGAAGUGGACAUACCCAGAGAGGAUGGGGCUACUCCACUAUUCAAGGCCAGCCACAAGGGACAUGGAGAUGUUGUGAAAGCAUUACUAAAAUAUAAACCAUCUCUACAGGUGCUACAGAAUGGGGAAACUGCUCUCCACGCCUCAGCCCUGUUUGGACAUCUACAUGUUGUAAGAGAACUGGUAGAAGGAGGGACAGAUAUCAAAAUCAAAAAUAAAGAUGGCCAAACUGCGGCAGAUUUAGCUCGAGAAGCUGGCUUUGACCACAUUUACUUCUACCUCGAGAAUCCAGAUGGAAAAGCAACGUCAGCAUAACCACCAACACCAAACGAGAUUAUACGACAAGACUGUUUAUGAGAAAUAUGCAAAUGAAAUGUAUGGUGAUAUGUGUCUAUAACUCAAUUAUGAGAAUUUGUUAUUGGUGUAAGCAU